GGAUGCAAGUUACCGGUAAACCUCAGAGAAGAAGUAACUAGACGCUACAACAGUCGAGUACCUACAACUGUGCUAAAACGACAACGUUUGCUACUCGUAGAUGCCUCUUUGAACGGAUAUUUAUUUCAAUCAAAGGACGUGUUGAAGAGGCAAGCAUGAGCAGUUUUAGUAGACCUGACAGACACAGGACACCGACAUUCACCAGGGCAGCUAACCUUGGAGCAUCCAAGUCUGACCUGGAGAGAGAUUCAGGCUUCUCAGAUGCCAGCUCUGAGUACCUCAGUGCGGUCGAUCUGACGGACUCUGAAGAUGCAGGAAGGAACGGGUCGAUAGUCGGCCAGGACCCGACUGGUCCGCAGGUGACUGUGAUGGGAGGCUCGUAUGCUGGACUUUCUCCAAUGAUCAUCAUGAAUAACUUUGUCUUAAAGCAGCCAUCACAGAUGGCUCCAGCAGAAAAACAGUGGGGCUUUCCUUCACCUUUGGAGGUGAUGCCUCAGUCACAGGUGGUUCUUCUUCAACCCAUGGUCUCAAACGGUAGCAGCAGCUCUCCAAAGACUAGCUCUGAAAAUAUCCGACAAUCCAAAAGCUACGUGCCCAUCCUCAAGUCUUAUCCCAAAAUAGCCCCACACCCAGCGGAGGCGCCCACUAAGAGGGCAGGGUCUUCCAAGUUGAGGGUGAGCUCAACGUCAGGAUAUGAUCAGCGACAGAGGAGGCACCACCAUGGCCACAGGCUCUACAGCUCCCCCAGCCCGCAGCCACCACCGCAGACUCCUGUCAAACCCGUCACCACCUUUGAAGCAGCAAACAACCAAUCACAGGCAGCUGAGAGUCAGGAGCAACUCUGUGACAAGUCUCUGUCCCCGCCGGCAGGGACCGGCUCUCUGCUCCCCUUCACAGAUGAAUACAGGACAGAUAUUGUCUUCAACGGGAUGGAUGUAGACCAGGACGACACCCUCUCAGUGGACACGAACAAACUGAAACGUUUUAGUAAUACCUACAACAUUCUCAACAAAUCUGGCUUGCUGGGGAUCACCAUGCGCACAAAGCAGCUGAUCAAGGAGAAUAAGCGCACCCAAGGCGAGCUGCAGCAGCUUCAGGAGCAGACGGCUCUGCUGCUGGAGGCUCUGAGCAGCGGAGACCCGCAGCUUUGGACUAAACUGCAGCUCUCGCUUCAACGUUCAGACAAGGAGCAGUGUGGAGCUAAAGCUCAGAGUGUGCCGGCAUAGAGCACUGAUGGUUACGACCAGCGGUUCUUAAUCAGUGAGUCACAAGAUGAUUUAUUGAAUGUGAACAUAUGUCUCAAAUCUUAACAACAAAAGCUGUCGAAUACUGUGCUCACACCGAACGCAAUGAACAUUUUUGUGUCUCGUUACUCGUGCGUACGCCCCUGCUGGGGGUAUUUUUGGAGCAUUUUGCAACUGACAAAAAUUUGCCUUCAACAGCAGUGGCUAUGGUAGCUAGGAGUGGCAACUAACAGCUAACUUUGGUUUGCAGUGAAGCACAACCGAAAACCGGAUGUAAGAAGCUCCGUGCUUUAAAGCAAAGUGAAUCAAGACGGGAACUCUCAGCACAUUGCACGCCCUCCGUUGUUUACUUUCCACAGUAAAAGACUAACUUAUUACUCAGAGCAUUUUGCUAGGAAGCAAUUAAACAAAAUAACUUACACAAGUUACGAACAGUGGACAGCUUACAUAUUUUUUCAGAUCUAACCCUAACGUGUUAGCUUUGCUCACUAAUCUCGAGCCCUCCAAAUCGUUAUUUGUUCGCUCUCUCUGCAGUCAGAUACUGAUGCAAAGUGUAGCUCCGCGUGUCCUCAGUGACAUACUUCAUCCUUCAUUUCUGAAUCUCGGUAAAGUCAGGAGAAUCUCAACGCUAAUAGGCUAUUGCGACACAGCAUAAUGCAAGUUUUAAAAAAAUUCAACUUGCGCGAUGGACACGAAGACGUGAAUUUUGCAUUCAUUGUCCAACAUGCUCAUCGUGCCCCCCGGCGUGAAUUUGCAUCUCUUUGUGUUUUUGCAUUAAGUUUGCGUGUAAACUCUGCAUGAAAUGCUCCCAUCGCGUUAGGUGUGAACACACCAUCAGUGUGAAAUAUCCAUUAGCAUUUUAACUAAACAGACAUCUUAUAACUAAAUUAAACUUUCACACUUUUUUUUAGGACAGUUGAAAUCAUCUCAGUAUUGAGAACUGCUGAAGCACACAUAAAGUGGCAGUAAGGAAGCAUGCUUACAUUUUAAACCCUUGCCUAUAAUGAAUUUUCUUGCCUCUGCUGAUUUCAAUUUCGCAAGGAUCACUUGCAAUAGGGCUAUGGCUUCUAUAUUUUGCAUAAAACGCAUGUGCGCAUCACGCGUGAGGGCAUAGAGGGUUAAUUCCUUAUUCAUGCCUUGAUGUGAUUGCUUUAGAGAAAAUAUCAGCAUCACUUUUACUUUUUAAAUUAAGUUUAAAAAAAUCCAUUGUGGAUAUAUGUGGCCUGCGUUUCAGGUUCCUCGUGACUGAGGUCUUGAAACAGGACAGUGUAUUGUCCUUUCUUUUUUUUUCUUUUUUUUUUUUUUUUAAAUAUACCAUGUUUUUAUAUGGGAUGUUAAAUGAAGGUGAAUGAGCAGGUGCCUCUUUGAUGAGGAAGUGUAUAUAAUAACAGUUUCUGUUGUCAAACAGAAGCUGGGUAGCUCACAGAGAGUUCAGACGGCAGGCACAAACAUGACUUUUACUUUUUCAGUAAUUUUCAUACUUUUUGUCAGUAUUAUUUAUUUAUAGUACCAUGUCAGACCAAGACGAAAGCUGUGUGAAUAAUAUAACUAAACCAAGCACAUUAUAAACCAGUUUGUCAGUUCACUGGUGGAGCAAGUUUCUUCUUAUUGAAAGACAUAUUUUAAGAAGUUAACUAGGCAUUCGCGAAAGCUUAAACUGUAGCAAGUGAAGUGCUGUAGCUAUAUAUUUUUCUCUUGACUUUGCAUAUGUCGUUGCCAUGUUCAUUCCUGCUGUUUAAGCGUAGUUUUGUGUAUUAAUUAAGGCAAAGAAAUGACAACUGAAUAGUUUGAUAUUACAGACUCUUGCACUUUAGAUUACUGACACUUUUUCUAGACAAAUGUUACAACUUGUAUCCAGAAAAUGAGCAUUCUGUCUUGAUAAAACAAUGUGAAUAUAAACGUUAAUCUGGAUGCCUGUGCCUUUUUUAAUAUGCUCAUGUUUGCACUUCAUGUCAACGCUUCAGCAGCUUAGAUUGUGAGUUUUUGUGGAAGAAAGUGGAAUGUAAAAAGUCUCCAAAGAGUUAAUAUUCUUAUCUGAAACAAAACAAAUCACGCUCUGGCUGGGAGAUACAUCCAGAGUUGAUGUAGAAAGAUGAAGACAAGUAAAGUCAUAAAUGGUUUUGUUUCAAACGUUAAGUCGAAACCAGAUGUUGUAUUAUUUAUUUCAGCAACAAUACUGUACUGUUGCAAUGUUUUUUUUUAUUCAUGAGUAGUUGUAAACCUAAGAAAUAAUCCUUGGUUUUGAAGGUUAAAAUUCUUUUAAGGUUACUUUUCAGAGAUUAUUUUUUCCUGUUGUUGUGAAAAGUGCUUUCUGUGUUGUUUCUUUAGAAAAUGUCACUUUGGCUAAUAAUGAACUGUCAUAAAACUCUGAAGACCAUUUCCUCUCAGUCGUUUAUUCACCUUUGUGCAUCA